AUGAUUCUGAAAGUAAUGCCUCCUCCUACUCCUACCAUUCUAACUUCAAAAACUCUUGUUGUCGGUUCUCCAACACUGCUCACAAGAAGAUUAAUGGCUUCCAACUCCAAAUCCAACGGUGACAUGGCCAAGAGGAUCUCCGUGUCCCCUAUUUCUUCCUUCCCUUCCUACGGAGAUCCCUGCCAAGAUCUGUUUUUCCACGUGAAACCAGCCGACACAGUCAGUGAUGACGACAUGAAGCAGCAGCAGAACCAGGCCUCCCUUAACUACCUGAAGCAACUGCUGCCAGUGGCCUGGUCUCACAAUCCCCUAACCACCCUCAAGCUCAUCUUCAAUCUCCUUGCUAUUCGGAGCAGCAGAAAAUCUUAUCAGGAAGGCUUCUACAAGGCUGUGUUUUGGCUCCACCAGAACCACCCCAAGACGCUAUUAUGCAACCUCCCCUCCAUUGCCCAUCCAUUCGGGAGUUUUUUUGUCCUUCUCGAGAUUCUCUACCGCCUUAUAGAACAAGGCCAAGAUGUUGCAGAGCGGCUCCACUGUGACCCAGACUAUAAGCUCUUACACGACCAGGUUAUGGAUGUCUUCGUGGAGCAGUUGAAGUCUGAUAUUGACAAAUUCAAGCAGCACAAGCUCGAUUUGAAGCCAUCCGAUUAUAUAACUGACGGUGAUGAAGACGAAGAAGAAGACGACGACGACGAAGAUGACAAAGAUGGUACUCUUGAUGCUGACACUUAUGCUGAUCUUUUUGUUAGCGAGGCUGCAGUGUGUUGCAUUAGCAAACACCCCGAGGACACCCGUGCUUCCCGCGCCGUUUUGCUGUAUGAAAGCAUUGCGAGGAGGCUUUUCCCACCCAAACCAGAUCAAUCAAAUCAAUCAUAUCAAUCAUAUCAAUCACAAGAGUGGGAGCGGCUUAGGAAUGAGGUUUUGGCGCCCUUGUACAGGUACUGGAACCGUCAAGGCAUGUUUAUUGGACGACAUCGCUCUGAAGUUAAGAUGUAUUUGGAGGAGGUGAAAAAAGCAGGAGGAGGAGGAGGCAAUUUGAGUGGCCAUGGCAGCAUAAUAAAGCCGGAUGCUAUGCUCCCAAAUGAGAUCAUACGCUAUGUAGUAGAAGAUGGGGAUGUCGGGGAAGCGGCUGAGCUUCAGUGGAAGGCAAUGGUGGAGGAUAUGUACCUAAAACAGCAGCAGCAGCAAAUGCAGGGGCAGGGUUUGGGAAAAUUUAAAGACUGCUUGGCAGUGUGUCACAUCAAUGAUUUCAUGGGCAUACGCGGCAGAGAAUUGGCGGUGAGUUUGGGACUUUUGGUGUCUGAACUGAGUGAAGGGACGGCAUGGAAAGGAAAGGUGAUCAGUUCCGGUCAUUUGCCGGAUCAGCUGCUGCUGCAUUCGAUAGAAGGGGAUGAUCUCAAGUCCAAGUGCGAGUUUAUGAUGAGGACAUGUAGCAGUGAGUUGGGAUCGUAUGUCCAUAAUUGGAAGAUAUGGGAUGUCAUUCUGGAAGUCGCUGUGAAAGAGAACUUGAAGGCAGAGCAGAUGGUUAAGAAGGUGUUUGUGUUCACCGACUUUGGAUAUGGUGGUGGUACAUUCUUGAAGACUCUAUAUGAGGCAAAACAGAGCCAGUUUAAGGAGCAAGGGUAUGGGGAUAAUGCAGUGCCACACAUUUUGCUUUGGAAUAUUGGGUACUGGAACAAGCUUUGUAUAGAACAUCAUCCAGGGGUGACACUGUUGAGUGGCUUCUCUGAAAACUUGCUCAAAUCUUUCUUGGACAAUGGUGGGGAAAUUGGCCGGUGCCAUCUCAUGGAAGCAGCCAUUGCUGACAAAGAGUAUCAAGCUCUCUCUGUGGUGGACUGA